ACAAACAAUUGUGCAACUCCAGUUCACCGAAGAAACCCAAACUGACAUACGAAGGUGUAAAAGGGGUGAGGCAACAAGGGCUUCUGCGUCACCGUGUCACCCCCACGUCAAUACGCGACAUUACGAAAUCACUCUGCGACGCCAGCGCGCCGGCUACUUCUCAUGAGCAAAACAAGAUGGCAGCAUACACAGGAGGCAAGCGUGGUCUGGAACAUUUGGAUGAAUAUGAACCUAAACCGGCUAAACAAAUGCGAAACCUUCACGAAAAAAUGUCGGAGAAAAGGCUUGUUGUUGUUCUUGAAGGAGCGACGUUAGAAACAGUGAAGGUUGGAAAAUCCUUUGAACUUCUGAACUGCGAUCAACACAAGAGCAUGAUUAUUAAAAAUGGAAGAGAUCCUGGCACCGUCCGACCUGAUAUCACGCACCAGUGUUUGCUGAUGUUAAUGGACAGUCCUCUGAAUCGUGCUGGAUUGCUGCAGGUUUAUAUUCAUACAGAAAAAAAUGCUUUGAUUGAGAUCAACCCUCAGACACGUAUUCCUCGCACUUUUGCACGUUUUUGUGGACUAAUGGUCCAGCUCCUGCACAAGCUGAAAGUGAGGGCUGCUGACGGACCGCAGCGCUUACUCAGGCUCAUCAGAAACCCGGUUUCGGACCACCUGCCGCCGGGCUGCCCCCGCAUGGCUAUGUCCUUCUCUGCGGCUGGUGGUGCUGUGUGCCCCAGGACCUUGGUUCCCAGUGAGGGUCCUGCCACUGUGGUUAUAGGAGCAUUUGCACAUGGAUCGGUGAACGUGGAUUAUACAGAAAAAACGGUCUCUAUCAGUAACUACCCCCUGUCUGCAGCUUUGACAUGUGCCAAGGUGUGUUCUGCGUAUGAGGAAGUUUGGGGUGUUUUAUGACCUGGAAAAGUUUAAAGUGUCUUCUGUCUGAAUCUGUUGUUGGAUUCAAUAAAGUCUUUCAUCCCUGUAACCGGACCUAGGGUUCAGUGUAUGUGUGGUUGUUGAGAAAAUAAAUUCUCAGUUCUAACCACCUUUAACUGUCCUUAGCAGAGAGAGAAUGGGUCUGUGGUCUGUUGUAAUCUAUGUAGUCAAUACAUACGUGCUUUUAUGUAUAGAAAAGGAAUUUCAUUGGAAACAUUCAUUUGUUACAAGGAAUCUGUUCCAGAAUGUGUAAUUUUACAGAUUUUUCAAUGUCAGAACAAAUAAACAGGCAUUUACACUU